CUCGUUUGGGACGUUUUUUAUUUUGAUGCAGGCAAGCGUUAUUAGCCGGACAAAAUUUUUCUUUUACCAUGUUUUUUUGUAUUACAAUUAAAAUUAUAUAACAAUUAGGUAGCAUCAAGUUCACUUAGAAGCUUAUAGUAAUGGAAAAUAUCGACGAGAAAUAUCGCAAACCAAGACGAACAAAGGGAACGCCUUCAUACUAUUAUCGAAAUCGAGUUGCUGCAGCAGGAAUUGUUGCGGGAAGUUUAAUAUUUGCUUUGUGGUAUUGUACACCAAUAUACCAAGGAGCUUCCGAGAAAUUUGUACGUGAAUAUUUGACCACAACCGAGGAGGAGAAAGAUCGCAAAUAUAUGUUCAAUCUGAAAGCAAAUCCUCGCACGUCGAAAGCCAUACAGCAGACAAUAGACGAAAAGAAACAAUUGAUUUCGGAACGAUAGAAAUUGGAGCUGAAGCAUAUGCUAUGGAUCGUGCAACCCGUAAAGCUAAUCUAAAGAAACUACAAUUACCGGGUACUGUUAAUACAAGACAACGGUAUGCAUGCACAUUCUUUCUUACAAUGUUCAUUGACUAGAUGUAGUUAAUAAAGUACCUAUACCAAAUAAAUGUUUAUUAGUUGGAAAAAGUAA